AUGACAGUGUUAGGUGAUGGAGAAGACACUAUAAUGCUUAAUGACUUAUGGCAUCCUAAAGGUAGACUGGUGGAUUGGGUGGAUGACAAUAUUAUUCAGACUUGGUUCCCUAAUGGUGAUAGUAAGGUGGCUGAAUUUAUUGAUCAGGGACAAUGGUGUUUGACUUCUUGUGAUGAUGAAGCAGUUUUGAAUGUCUCUAACCAAGUUACUUCAGUAGAGUUUAAUUUAAAUGAGAGGGAUAAGUUGAUUUGGACAACUAGUAAAAAUGGAGAAUUUAGUCUGAAAGAUACUUAUUUGACGCUAUCCUCUUCUAAUGAUAGUCCUUUCUGGUGUGAUCUAGUUUGGUUUAAAUAUCAUAUUCUCAGGCAUUCCUUCAUUUCUUGGUUAGCUUUACAAGGGAGACUGAAGACUAGAGCAAAGUUAAUGCAAUGGGGGUUGAUGUCCACUGCUCCUUGUCCUUUUUGUGAAGACACUGUGGAAACUGAGAGUCACUUAUUUCAUGGCUGUAAUUUUGCUUCUCAAAUUUGGAAAGGGCUCUUGCUAAAUGGGAUACUGCAGGGAAGUUUGCAGUCAUUGGAGUGA